AGCUAAGCAACGGUCCUGCCCUUCCCAACCUCAGGUUAAAAACUUCAGCACCUAGUGCUGCUGACAAACCUACCUGUGACUGACAGCCCGGAGCUAGAGACCUCACUCGUGGGGGCCAGCAUGUCGGAUGUGGUCCUGGAGAAAAGUAGCUUGACCAGGAAACUUUCCAACUGCGGCCAGGAAACAAGUUAUAUUGAAGAAAACACCAACCAAAGUGGUGCCAUAUCGCUGAUUUUCUCACUCAAAGAAGAAGUUGGUGCACUGGCCAAAGUCUUGCGCUUAUUUGAGGAGAAUGAUGUAAAUCUGACCCACAUUGAAUCGAGACCUUCGCGUUUAAAUAAAAAUGAGUAUGAAUUCUUUACCAAUCUGGAUAAAAGUAGCCUGCCUGUUCUGGCCAACAUCAUCAAGAUCUUGAAAUAUGAGAUCGGUGCCAAGGUACAUGAACUUUCCCGAGACAAGAAGAAAGAUGCAGUGCCCUGGUUCCCGAAAACCAUUAAAGAUCUGGACCGAUUCGCCAACCAGAUCCUCAGCUACGGCGCGGAACUGGACGCAGACCACCCCGGUUUUAAAGAUCCCGUGUACCGAGCCAGACGGAAGCAAUUUGCUGACAUAGCCUACAACUACCGACAUGGGCAGCCCAUCCCACGAGUGGAAUACACAGAGGAAGAAAAGAAAACAUGGGGGACGGUGUUCAGGACCCUGAAGAGCUUGUAUAAAACCCACGCUUGCUACGAGCACAAUCACAUCUUCCCACUGCUGGAGAAGUACUGUGGCUUCCGUGAGGAUAACAUUCCCCAGCUGGAAGAGGUUUCUCAGUUCCUGCAGUCUUGCACUGGUUUUCGCCUCCGGCCUGUGGCUGGCCUGCUUUCCUCUCGGGACUUCCUGGGUGGCCUGGCCUUCCGAGUCUUCCACUGUACCCAGUACAUCAGGCAUGGGUCCAAACCCAUGUACACACCCGAACCCGACAUCUGCCAUGAGCUGUUGGGACACGUGCCCUUGUUUUCAGAUCGCAGUUUUGCCCAGUUUUCCCAGGAAAUUGGCCUUGCCUCUUUGGGUGCACCUGAUGAGUAUGUUGAAAAACUCGCCACAAUUUACUGGUUUACUGUGGAGUUUGGGCUCUGCAAAGAAGGAGACUCCAUAAAGGCAUAUGGAGCUGGGCUCCUGUCAUCCUUUGGUGAAUUACAGUACUGCUUGUCAGACAAGCCAAAGCUCCUGCCCCUGGACAUGGAGAAGACAGCUGUGCAGGACUACACGGUCACAGAGUUCCAGCCCCUGUAUUUUGUGGCUGAGAGUUUUAGUGAUGCCAAGGAGAAAGUAAGGAGCUUUGCUGCUACAAUCCCGCGGCCCUUCUCUAUUCAUUAUGACCCAUACACCCAAAGGAUUGAGGUCUUGGACAAUACCCAACAACUUAAGAUUUUGGCUGACUCCAUCAAUAGUGACUUUGGAAUCCUUUGCAGUGCCCUCCAGAAAAUAAAGGCAUAGACAGAACUGGGUCUGUCAAUUGAGAAUCUGUUGAUGGAAAUCCAACUACUUCUUUUAUCUGAAAAAGUCUGAAAAUCAAACCUUAAUUUGAAAUGAUAGCCUUAAGUCAUUUUUUUUUAGCAAGAUGAGUAUUAACAAAUAAGUCUAAGUUUAAGUAAUUUGAAAUGACAGUAUAUUAAUACAUACCCAAGAGCAUAAUGGUAGAUCUUUUGGGGUUCUUUGAUUUAGAGAUGAUAAUCACAUAUUCUCAAUUGAGUUAAAAUUAAUAAUCUGUUAUGUUUCAUCAAAGUUAAUUAAAAUUUGUAACCUGCUUCUUUCAAACUUCAUAUUUACCAUGGAGAAUUCCUAAAGGAAUAGCUAUCACUCAGUGUAAAACACAAGCCUGUGAUUAGAAUUGAACUUUUGGAUUUACAUAAAUCUUAGCCUACAAGGGUCAUUUUCUAUUUCAGUAAUCUGUGAUUCAAUAACUGCUUUGUUAUGUUACCUAUGAAGAUUUUCUUUAAUUCAGGACCUUAUUAAAUACUUAUAAACAUUAAAGUUCAUAGUAUAAUAUCAACA